AUGACCAGAACGGGUCAAGCUAUCCUCAGAUCCCUCAAUGAACCCCUGGCUUCUUCACCAACAAACCAAAGGUGUUUGAGAAGCUGCUGGUUCUUCGGGGUAUAUAUACUGUGUUUCUUCCACUUGCUCUUCGUUCAGGAGAGACGGAAGUUUGGACCCCUUGGCUGGAACAUACCAUAUGAGUUUAACGAAUCAGAUCUCCGUAUCUCUGUGAGACAGCUGGAGAUGUUUAUUAGCGACUACGAGGAGCCCCCCCUCGAGGCCCUCACCUACUUGACAGGGGAGUGCAACUAUGGUGGGCGUGUCACUGACGACCAGGACAGACGCCUCAUCAUCAGCAUCCUGGAGAUCUUCUACUGCAUUGAGGUCAUCGAUGAUGACAGCUACUGCUUCUCCUCUAGCGACCUGUACUACGCGCCCCCCAAGGGCAGCUAUGAGAGCUAUGUGGAGUAUAUCCGGAGCCUGCCCCUCAUCCCUCACCCAGAGGUGUUUGGUCUACAUGAGAAUGCAGACAUCUCCAAAGAUCAACAUGAAACACAUCAGAUGUUUGAAGGGAUUCUCCUCACCCUCCCAAGACAGGAUGAGACAUCAGGGGGAGGAAACUCAGCCCAGGAGAUCAUUGAGGACCUUGCAAGUGACAUCCUGUCCAAGAUACCACCCGACUUCAACCUGGAGGACGUGCAGAACAAAUACCCUGUGCGCUAGGAGUCCAUGAACACAGUCCUGGUGCAGGAGCUGAUCCGCUUCAACCGCCUCAUCAGGGUGGUGAGGCAGAGCCUGCAGGACAUCCGCAAGGCCAUCAAGGGGAUGGUGGUGAUGUCGGCCGAGCUGGAGGAUGUGUUUGAUAGCAUGAUGGUAGGGAAGGUACCCGGCAUGUGGGCCGCCAAGUCCUACCCUUCACUGAAGCCCCUGGGCAGCUACAUCACAGAUCUUCUGGCUAGGCUUCAGUUCUUUAAGGACUGGAUAUUCAGUGGCAUACCAACCGUGUUCUGGAUCUCAGGGUUCUACUUCACUCAAUCCUUCCUCACUGGUGUGCUGCAAAACUAUGCCCGACGCUACAAGAUACCCAUCGACCAUCUUGGAUUUGAGUUUGAAGUCACCACUCAUGAGAAUCUCAUCCAAGCAAAACCAAAAAACGGUGCCUACAUCAAGGGUUUGUUCAUGGAAGGAGCUCGAUGGUGUCGACAGACACGAGUGAUAGCAGAGUCACAGCCCAAGAUCCUGUAUGACCCCACACCAAUUAUCUGGUUAAAGCCAGGAGAGAAGUCCCAGUUUGCAGAUGAACUAACAUAUUCCUGUCCUGUGUACAAGACUAGCGCCAGGCGUGGGGUGCUGUCCACUACCGGUCAUUCCACCAACUACGUAUUGACCAUCCAGCUGGCCACAGACAAACCAGAGAGUCACUGGAUCAACAGGGGGGUAGCCUUGCUGUGUCAGCUUGACGACUAGCUAUGUACUGAACAUACAGAGUCACUGGAUCAACAGGAGGAUGUCACCCGACGAUUAUCUAUGUACUGAAUAUCCUCAGCAGGGUAUAGUGCUCGAUGCCGCAACAGAAGCUUUUUCAAAUGUUCUCUGGAAAUCCUGAAGCAUCAUCUUGCUGGAACCACAAUGAUGGCGACCCCUCCCAGUAUGGACACAGCAGACUACUGCAAGAGACUAAAGUGCUGGAAGUGUAACAGGCUACCAACUCCUGCACCACAGGCUUGUGUGAUGCUUAAUGUGCUAACCUCAGGACUAAAUCUAGCUGCUGACGUACAGGGGACAUCUUGCUCAACCAAAGGUUAUUUACAGCAGCCAUUUUGGAUUCUUUCAGGGCCAUUUUGUGGGCUCUCAGCAUGUGGUGUUUCCUCCACCCAGUCAGCUGCCUUAUGGCCAAGUUGCAGUUUCUUGGAGAGUAGCAUCACAAGGAUUCACGUUGUGGAAUGGAUGUAUAUUGUAUGUUUAGUUACUGUUGAAAAUGUUCAUGAAAUACCUUGUGACUAUAAAUAUGAAAAUGAUAUUAUUUCCAAUUAAUACUGCAGGAAAUAUAAAGGUUAUGUUUAUGACAGAAUACAUGGACAGAGGAAGGUAGUAUUAUGUAAUUACUAUGUCAAAUGAAUACUGCAAGAAGUAUUAUGUAAUUAUUUGAAUACUGGAGUAUUAUCCUAUGUCAAAUGAGUACUACAAGAUGCAAUUUGUAAAUUGUUUUCAGUAAAUACUGAGUUGUUAUGUACAUAUAAUGUUAAAUUAUUAUUCCAACACAUAAUGUACAUAUUGGCAAGUUGAUGCUGCAAGAGGUAUGUAUUUAUUAUGCCAAAGUCAUACUGCAAGGAGUAUUCUGGUAUCCAUGGUUUGUGCUGACAAUUUUACACAACUCUUGAUUAAGUAUAUAUGUUGUCAUUUCAUUUUAAUGACACUUUUAUUAGAUUUUACACUGUUAUGUUAGUUAUGAUGAUAUUUUUUGUUAUGCCACAUCUUUGUAAACAUAAUGAUCCCCUACAGGCAUUAUGAAGUAUAUUGUAGUGACCUGCUCGCCACCGUGGGGACCUGAUUCAGGCAUUAUGAAGUAUAUUGUAGUGACCUGCUCGCCACCGUGGGGAC